AUGUCAAGUUGUGAUACCCAACGCCUAGAAAUCAACUUAUAUGACAGUUAUUUCUGCUUGGAUGAGAAUCAUGUCCCAUUGAUCAUACCUGAUUUAUAUGAUGAUGGAGCAUGGGAAAAGCUUUUGUUGCUGAGUCCUUCAAAGAGGAAGAAUGCGAAGAAAGGAAAGGAUGAUGAGACAUUGAAGGAGGAGGAGGAUGAGACGAUGGUGUUAGACAAGAGUGGUACGUUGAAGCUGAUACAAGAAGAAUUGGAGAGGGAAGAUGAGUUUGAUUUUGGACAGCUUACUCCAGAGAGGUGGUUGUCCGCAAAUUUACGGCUUAUCAAAUUGAAUGUGAAUUGUUGA